UGGACAGCAUCAUUGCUGAGGUCAAGGCGCAGUAUGAGGAGAUGGCCAAAUGCAGCCGGGCUGAGGCUGAGGCCUGGUACCAGACCAAGUUUGAGACCCUCCAGGCCCAAGCUGGGAAGCAUGGGGACGACCUUCGGAAUACCCGGAACGAGAUUUCAGAGAUGAACCGGGCCAUCCAGAGGCUGCAGGCUGAGAUCGACAACAUCAAGAACCAGCGUGCCAAGUUGGAGGCCGCCAUUGCCGAGGCUGAGGAGCGUGGGGAGCUGGCACUCAAGGAUGCUCGUGCCAAGCAGGAGGAGCUGGAAAAUAAUAGCACCAGCACCACCUCUUCCUGUCUGGGGAGGUCAGGUCAGCAAGUGACUGGAUGCAAGGGUGUGGUAGGCACCUCUGAUGGCCCAGCUGUGCCAGCAGUGACUGGCAAAGCCACCCUUCUGAACCAAGAGCAGAAUCCAGAGAAGGAAAGCAUGUAUCUUGUGAACAUUUAUUAUACGACAAGAGUGCAUUCCAUCAUGGUGCAUGUGCAUUCCAUCAUGGUGCGGGGGCAUUCCAUCACGGUGUGGGUGCAUUCCAUCACGGUGCAUGUGCAUUCCAUCACGGUGCGGGCGCAUUCCAUCACGGUGCGGGCGCAUUCCACCACGGUGCGGGCGCAUUCCAUCACGGUGCGGGCGCAUUCCAUCAAGGUGCCUGUGCAUUCCAUCACGGUGCGGGCGCAUUCCACCACGGUGCCUGUGCAUUCCAUCACGGUGCGGGCGCAUUCCAUCACGGUGCGGGCGCAUUCCACCACGGUGCGGGCGCAUUCCAUCACGGUGCGGGCGCAUUCCACCACGGUGCGGGCGCAUUCCACCACGGUGCGGGCGCAUUCCAUCACGGUGCGGGCGCAUUCCAUCACGGUGCCUGUGCAUUCCAUCACGGUGCGGGCGCAUUCCACCACGGUGCGGGCGCAUUCCAUCACGGUGCAUGUGCAUUCCACCACGGUGCGGGCGCAUUCCACCACGGUGCGGGCGCAUUCCACCACGGUGCGGGCGCAUUCCAUCACGGUGCGGGCGCAUUCCAACACGGGAGCUUGGACAGAGAGCAUCAGCCAUGAAGUCCUACCCAUCUCCUCGGGUGACACCGCCAGCCACAGAGCCUGUAUCGGCAUACACCCAGAGCUAGAGGCAACUGCUUCCCAGUCCCACCCAGGCAAGGUGCAAGAAUGUCCUGGCAGCUCCUCAGAUGGCCGGCAGCAAAACCAGAACAUUGCCAGUACAGCAGUACCAUACUCUAUCACCUCCCUUGUAACUGUCCUCCAGGAAGAGCUUUUGAAGAUGGACUGA